UCUCUCCUCCCUCCCCUCUCUCCUCCCUCUCUCCUCCGCCCUCCCCCUGCUCCCCCUCCCCUCCAGAUCUGGGUCCCGGGCCUUGAGCAAAAUCUGACGCAGGGCCCGACACGAUUUCCCCCUCUGCCGGGACCGCUGCUGCCCGCCCCGCUGUGCUCAGCCGCUUGUCCCUCCUGCUCUGGGAUUGUCCUGUUUUAAUGCAGACGGGAGGUGCGGUUCUGCGGCGGGAGGAGCUGGUUCCGGUUUCCGAACGGAGGAGCCUUCAGUCGAGCUGGGAUCCAACAAGCAGAGGAUUUGUUUAUGGGAAUCUCAAACACAACAUCAGUGAAUUCACACUGGUGAGAGGCCGUUCACCUGCUCUGAGUGUGGGAAGGGAUUCACUCAGUCAUCUGAUCUGCUGAAACAUCGGAGAGUUCACACCGGGGAGAGGCCUUUCAUCUGCCCUGAGUGCGGGAAGGGAUUCACUCAUUCUUCCAACCUGAUCAUGCACCAGCAGGUACACACUGGGGAGAGACCGUUCUCCUGCUCAGUGUGUGGGAAGAGAUUCACCCGUUUAUCUAGUCUGCUGAAUCACCAGCAAAUUCACACCGGAGAGAGGCUGUACACCUGCUCCGAGUGUGGGAAGGGAUUCACUUGGUCGGACCUUUUGCUAACACACCAGCGAGUUCACACGAGGAAGAGGCCGUACACCUACUCUCAGUACGGGAAGGGAUUCCCUUCAUCUUAUAACCUGCUGAAACACCAGCGAAUUCACACUGUGGAAAAAGAUUAAACAUGCUGUAUGCUCAAUGUACAACCAUCACUGCUACUGAAAUCUAGCGCAAAUUCACAAGUGUUGCAGGUGUUCACGGGGGUCGGAUUCUGUCGACGCUGCUGAUCUUGCCCAGGAUUGAACUCAGGUAAUUGGGCACAUGUGAUUUCCUUUUGUAAUCUCUUUAACUGAGUUCGAGUUCAAUGUUCUGGAUCUCUGAUUAAAAUAAAGCA